CAGUCCCAGCAAAACAUUCGCUAGAGCGCGCGCACACAGAGCGAGAGUGCUGGCUGCACAGACACCGCUACAGCAGGCAAGCAGUUGCAUUUCUGCAGCGGGACGACAAUGCUGUGGAUGUGUAAUUAAUAACAGCUUUGCGGAUACCAAACCCUGAUAUUAUUCAGCCGUUUUAUUAAUAUAUCCUGAUAUUAACCUCUAAAAAUGUGUUUUUUGGAUACAAGAAGAUGCAGGUGUUUGGGAAAAACUAGUGAUCAUCCCAUUCGUAGCAAUACAAAGUCCCCCUUCCUUCUGCCAAGAAAUCCUCAAAGAAUAAACGAACUAUGAUGGCCAGCAAGCGAACGCUAGGCUACGUGGACCCUCUGGUCCACAGCAAGGUCCCCCGUCUGGAGACGAGAGCUGACCAUAGGAUAGCUACUGGCUUGUGCAAGCCUGGAACUUUGCAUGGUUACUCUCCUGAGUACAGUGGGACCUACUUCACCUACUGCCUAAAAGACCAAGAUGGAGCUGACCUUCCUGUGCAAUGGAGUUCCCCAGGGGCUUACCUGCAGAAUGGAAGGAACUCCAUUGUCCACCCCUUGGCUGCUGAGAGGCACCUUACCAAUGGUCUUAUAUUCAGGUCAGAGCCAGAGAUUGUUGGCCAGGCAUUCCAUACUGAGAAGAGUUCACCUGUUUUGGUUCAAGACCGAAUUGCAAAUGAUAAAUGGGCAGAUUUUGUUGAAAGGCACGAGAACCUUACACACAGUCCCAAUGCCCCCGGACUCCAUGCUCCAAUAGCUCUAAGGAAGUUGGCAAUGGGAAAUGCCACUGGGUCCCCACAAUCUGAGCAUUCUGCGGUCCUGGCUGUCCCAAAGCCUGUCUAUAGGAAUAGGGUUUGCUGCACAGACCCUGGGUGCAAAUCCAGAAUGUGCUUCAGCAUAGAUACUGGGGCUGACCGGGUUCCCGGGCGACCUUACGAGGGCGAAUGGAGAUCAGGGUCAGGGCUCUGCUAUGCACCUCUGUCGCCUAUGGAAAAGAGGAACGGCUUGUUUGAACCAGGGGUUCUGCAGCUGGAACAGGGCAGUGGCUGCAGACCACAUCCCAAGGAUGCUGGUCAUGGAGGUUUCCCAAGUUCUAGACAGCCAGGGGCAAUGAAGCUGCCCACUUUUGCAGAGCGAGACUAUAACAGCCUGUCAUAUGAUGGCCCCUCACGGCCUUUGCCCAUUCCCCCCACCAAGAGUUAUCGCAGCAUACAGCCUGCUUCCAAAAUCUAUCACGACAUGUCACAGUCGCCUCCAAAGAACUACCAUGAAAUGCAGAGGGUGACAGUCUCUCACUCACACAUGCCUCCCCCAGUCUACCAACCGAAAUCUCCUGUUUCCAAAUACCCCCAGCUGCACCAGAGGCAUGUGUAUCUCUGUCCACAGGGAGGUCUGAACAUUGAGAAAGCUGCAAGCUACAAAGAUUUGGGACUGCAGCUUAUGGGGGAUGCUUCUCCCAAGCAGCCCAGUACAAGAAACGCCUAUCCUGCCACCUCAGAGCAAUAUCUUUUUCACACUCCCCCACCUCCAUAUAGCGCAGUUUCAAUGCCCUAUUCAGUGGUUUCAGCAGGUGUUCGGAAUGCACCGUCACAAAGGGACUAUGAACUUCCUUAUUCGGGAUACAAAGUGCCUCUGAGCCCAGGGCAUAAGGGGAGUCUUCCUGAAGGAUGUGGCACACACAUUCGAAUGGAUUUUGCUGAUUGUCCUGUGGAUUGCACUUCCCAAAAUCUCCAGGUAAUGCCACCACACAAUGAUCUUGGCAGGUACCGGCCAGCAACCAGUGCAUUCCAACCUGUUCGUGCAUCUUACAGGCUUGAAAAUCCAGCACAUAUUGUCCUGAAGGAUGCUUCUGUAGCACGGCAGACCAUGCAAGAAAAAACAUCAAAUAAUCUCCUGGAAGAUCAGUCUUUCUGCCGAAUUGGGCUUCACAAAGAAAGGAGUAUCGCUCCAUUGGGGAAAAAUAGAGGGGUCAUAGCAGAGCAUGGAGGUCAGAAGACUAAUAAUAAUGAUGAUGAUGAUGAUAAUAAUAAUAGCAGCAAACUAAGUAGUAAAGGGGGUACAGGCAGUCCAAUUAUAAUUGACUCUCCCCCCAGGAGGGAACACAAAAGCAGCAGUGACCUCUAUGAAGUCACAGUCUCCAAGAGAAACGAAGAAAAAAUGUCUGGGAAGGAAGACCAGAACGCACUAGAUGGUGGCAAUACAGAUAAAUCUCGCUCUCCCUCCUCCCCCCUCAUGCCUGUUAUCAAUAAGGUAUUCAGCUUGGCUCCGUACAAGGCCUACCUGGAAGCAUCAGGAAUAUUGUCUUUUCCAAAUAGCGAAAAAGAGGAAUCCUCUCCAUGUUCAAGGCAAAAAACCGAAAGGCAAGCGAGUGAAAGUUACUCAAAACAGGAAACUGAGAGGCCUGCUUCUAGGUCGUCCCCAAUAACUGGUGGAGACUCUUGCAAAAGAGAGACAGAGGCCAAAAAUGAGGCUGCCGAUUGGGGAAAAAGAGAGAGCAAACAGACUGUCUGUGACACGAGGCAGCCAACAGCCCAUUUUGAUUUAAAGGCUGACAAAAGCAACUUGAUGCAGCCAAACCUGGAUGGCCAUGUGGUUGAGGGAGAAAUGGUUGGUGGUGUGAGGAUGAAAUGUCAGGAUACUGUGCUGGAUCUCAGUGUCAAAAAACCUGGCAGCCAGAGCAAACUUUUAACAGACAACAUUAGUGACUAUAAAACGGGGGAUAGAGCGAUAGUCCAUGAGAAAAGGGAGACACUAUGUAACUUGGAACGAAUUGAAAAGAGAGAUUUUCAAACUGUAGUUUCGACUCCCACAUCUGAGAGCCCCGUGAGCAGCAGUACAACCACUUUCAUGCACAAAAAAUUCCAAGUCCUUAAACCGGCCCCCACAAAGCUGGUUGUGACUCCACCUCCGUUGCAGAAUACGAACAAUGAACCGUCACCAACUGUCGAAAAACACCUUUCUGUCCAGUCCCUUAAGUUGCCCACUUUCAAGCUCAUCCUACCAGAUCUCAUUAAAACCGUUUCCCCUCGUGCACCGGAGGUGUCCCCUUCCUUGAGUGAGGCCGACAGCAGUGCAAAGACAAACAAGCAUUCUCACCGAUAUUUUAUGGAACUCCACCAGUCCCUCAACAGAUUGAUUGCCAAUUCCAUGUUUCACACUCCUGAGGAAGAACUGAAGGGCCUACUGGCCAAAAUGGAGGAGGACCAUGAAUCCAUAUCCUUACCAUCCAAGACGAAGAACAUCUCCCGUAUUCUGGAGGUCCUCAAAGCCCCUCGGGGUAAGGAAGUGUGGCUAAAGUCUGGGGAGAUCGCAUCAGCCCUCAGCUGUAUCCUGUCCCAACUGGAGAUCUACAUUUACACCAAGAACUGCCCCUUCCCCCAUGUGAUUAGGGCAGGGACGAUUUUCAUCCCCAUGGUGGUGGUGAAGGAGACGCUGUUCCCACAGCUCCAGGGCUGCUACAUCGACCAGGUCCUGCAGGAGCACCGCGUGGAGCUCCGGCCCACCACCCUCUCUGAGGAAAGGCUGCUUACUCAGCUGCAGCAGCGCUGCUGCUCCUCCAAACUUAGGAGGCUCCUCUCCCUCAAGCAGCUUCCCACCAUCUACCCUGACCUGCUCAGCCUGUACUACCACGACUGUGUCCACAAACACUUAGAUGCAGAGUUCCACAGUGGAUUGAAGAGAGAGUGGGGAGAACCUCCAGCAGAAAAGACCUUUGACCAAACAAUGAAAAGGGAGCAUUCACAAACUGGGCAUCAACUGCCUAACAAGAGAACCCCAGGGGGGUUAAAGAGCAGACAGAGAGGAGAAAUUCACUUCAAAAGGAAAAGAAAGGGCAGAAGAAAAAAUGGCUUAAACAGAACUUUUGUGGGGAAGGGAAAUGAGGAUUCAGAGCUUGAUUCGAACAAGGAGGUGAGGAGUGAUCCUGAAAACUCGACCAAUGCACAAGAGUCUUGUCACAAGUGGGACAAGUCAGAAAUGUUAGAGAUCAAACUUGAGGAAGCUUCCUCUGAGGAGGUGGAGAUGCCUGAGGGCAAAACAGGAAUAUCUUCCUGUAACGAGCCAGAGGUGCCUGAUGUUAAACCACUAAGAGCGGAUCAGGAGGCCAGUAAGUCCCCAAUGGUAGUACAGAAGAGCUGCAGUGGCCUGGUUCUAAAGUUAAAACGGGUACUAUUUAAAAGCAAACCUAGGGAGAGAGGCCAAAAGUAUUGCCCAGAGCCAGACUCUGGAAUAAAGGGGCAGCUGAGUUCAAGAGGAGAAGAGGUGCAAGAACUCCAGCAUCCUCCCAACCCAGAGGAACCUCGGGGGAAAGUCCAGCCUGAUGUCCCCCAGCAGAAGAAACGAGCGGCUGGUGCUGCAGAAACUCUGCGGCCCACACGCAGCACCUCCAAGGUCUUGCACCUUCGCAGCUCCAUGGUGCAAAUCAAAUUCCACCGCCUCCUGGCAGUGCACCGUAACUCACUACACCACAGUGCCCGCCGGAGGAGGAGAGGAGUGCGGCGACCGGCGGUCCAGAGAGUCAGGCCAGCCACGGAAAUCAACUACCCUGCCCUGGUGGGCAAGAGGAUCCGACACCUCUAUGAAGAGAAAGACAAGUCUGAGGUUUGGUACCAUGGCGUGGUGGUGCGAGUGCACGAGGAGCACAGCAACCCUUUAAAGACAGUCUAUGAGGUGCAAUAUGACAGUGAGCCGGAGUGGCAGUACUAUUUGGAGCUUCUUCAGGAUUAUAAGAAGGGGUGGCUGAAAGUGGAGGACUAAAGGACUGUUUUUGUGUAUUUUGUGUGUCUGUGUUUGUGUGAGUUAAGAGUUGGUACCCAACUUACCAUAUGUGCUGCAAAGUUCAGUUUAGAUAUUUUUUUUGUUAUCUGCAUGCUGUGUUUGCAAAGCUACUUACAGUGCUGUCAUUGCUUUGCUCUUGUGCAGCAGUGGAGGACCCAGGGGGUAGUGAAGAUGGACAGAACUGAAGCAGUGAGAACUUAAGGCUCACUGUGUGCUACCCCAGCAAACCCACUGCACAAGAGCAAAGCAAUUCUGACACUAAGAAUUCAUUGUAGGGUAUUGGAAACAGCUAAUGUGGGUUUGUGCAUUGGGAUGCAGUCUUGUUUUUAAAUGUUUGCCUGUAGUGUACAGUAGUACAGUGAUUCUAGUAAAGGAGAUGCUAAAAACGUCAACUGGAGAAGUUCCCCAUAAUGGCCUUUUUUUUUUUUUUACCCUUGAAAUACCAUUAUAAGACUUCUUCAGAUUGGGGGUGUUGUAAUGUACAAAACCGUUUCCAUGGGUUUAAAAAAAAACAACCUUUGAACUGAUGGAUAUCGCUGUCAUGAUAGUUUUAAAUGUUUAUAAAGUGUUCCUAAAGAGUAUGCAGGGUGUAGUGCUGAAGAAAGACAUGUCACUGUGACCUGAAAGUUCUGUAUUUUGAAAAAUAGUUCCUCCACCAUGGAGGCAAAACAGAACUUGGUGAUCCUUUCCCUUUUUAUCAGUGCCCUUUGGAAUCGGCCGAUAGCAGCUAGCAGUUUGGCUUGCAGUUGCCUGUGUUUGUUGCUCUGGUUUCAAAGGUGAGGUGCUGAAGAGCAUAGCUGUGAGUGAGACUUCAGCAUGGCUCACACAGCUAAAAGUAAUUUUUAGCAGCUUUUCUUCUGUUCUUUUAAGCAUAACAGUUUGAAAGUUUAAACCUUUAAUCAACCUGGUUAUAUUUCUUCUGCAGAUGUGUUUCUCCAAGCCUGACAUUAACCCUUUGCAGUCCAUUUAUUCAGCGCCUGUCAGGCAUGUCAGGUUCAAUUUAUUUUCACACAAGCUAUUUAUUUUACACGCGCUGUUUUUAAAAGUAUUUUUUUUUCACAGUAAAACAGAUUUAAAAGGCACUGCAUAUCAACAGGACACUCAGUACUACAUCUCCAGCCCCGCCCCACCCCUUGUUCGAUGUAUUUAUCACAUAUCUCUUCAUAGUCGUGCAUACCGAUAAAUCAUCUCCUGAUCACUCGUUUUAUCACCAAACUCCUCAGUAAGCUAUCUAAGUCAUUAUUUUAUUACUAUAACAUCUCUAAAAGCUGGGCAAAUGUCUGCGAUAUUCUGUGAGCGCUGGAUGCGGAAGCAGCUAUCUUGUUUGUUUGUCUGUUAAUGUCUGUGGUGAAGGGACUAUGCGUAUUGCUCAGGUCUGCCUGAGUUGUGUUGUGUGUGGUGUGUUUUUUUUUCUUUUUGGCUUCCAUCGGCCUCACUCGGCCAUUGAAAGCUUUUCUCUGCUUUUUCCAGAGAAAAAACUACUAGGGACCUGUGCUUGACGUCUUUUUGAUGGUGUUUAGACAUGGUCCGACAUCGGCCUGAUGUCGUAAGACCGCAAAGAUUGUUGUUGUGCUGCUGUUUGGUAGACUGAAAUGUUGUUUUAUGAUUGAUGACUGGUUUCACAGACCCCAAUAAGUACUUGUUUAUUCGAAUAAUUGAUUAGAAAUGUGUUAAUUGUUUAGAAAAUUACUAAUUGUAUAAUUGGUCUUGUAUUGCAACAAAUAUACGUGGUCUGAACAGACCCAUUAACUAUGCUAAGCCUGCCGCUGCACCACAAAGUAUUACUAUAAAUACAUAUUAUAUAAAUCAUUAUUUCUGUAAAUUCUCUAAAUUAUUCAAGCUCCUGAUAGAUGGAGGCAAUCUUUUAGAAUUGCAGAGUGAUACCAAUACCGUAGCUAAUUAAUACAAGAGACUACAAAAUAGAGGUAUUUUACAAUGUGGUAUUGCAAGGCUCAAAGUUAACGUAUAUUUGGUGGCAUUUUGUUACCCCAAACUCUUAAUUUGCUACUGUUGUGUUUUUUUUUUUAAUGCAGUAGCAUUUUUCUGAUGCUUUGCUUUAUGCAGCAAUUUAUAUGACCGACCCAGAGUGAACAUGUACAUAAUUAUCUGUAUUGUUUUUUUUUUAAACACGUACAUUAUUAGUAUCUUGCCCCAUGUAGAUAAGCGCGAGGCCCACAAUGCAAAUUGUUUUGUACAGUGGAGUACAAAUACUUACAGUACCAGAACAACGUGGAUAGAAUUUCAAGGUGGGAAGUUUAUUUUAUAGACCAAAAGUAAAGUUAAAUAAUUGUUAGAAACAUUACGAUUUUAUAAGAUAACAGGCAGAGUGUAUAAAAUGGUAAUUUAAUCUCUCAUGGAGAAUGGUGGCUCUGGUUUUGUUCGAAUGUUAACUCUGGUUUCACCCUCGUUAAAAAUGAACACAUAAUAGGUAGAUAAUUUAAUUAUUACUUUAUCAAAAUUCUGACUACGACAAAAAACAAAACAAGCGCAGCUAGCUAGCUGUAACAUUACCAUGAUCCAAGUAACGGCUUCCUUGUUUUAUCAGUACAAAUAAGAUGAAUUACAAUCCUGAGGUGCAUUAAUUUAUCUGUUUUUUCAUUCUAUAGUAGAUUGUCACUACCUUGCGUAUUUCUCCUGUUUAACUAGUGAAAUGUGUGCAUACAGAUUUAUGAACAAGCCAGUUGGUAUAACACGUUGCAUGAAUCAUUUAAAUGUAGCGGUACCGUGCUGGAAUUGGCUUUCAUUUUCAAAACGGCUCGGUUGUAAUUGUAACUUUAUAAUUUAUAAGGUCAUACAGAAAUGCAGGAUUCAACGAUAAUGUGGCUAACUUCUAGCCCUGGGUAUUGUUGCCAGUCAUGGUAUAAUUAUUUAUACUUCAACUACUGUGGUUAAUAUUUAUAAGCAAGUCGAUAUCAAACGGGACAUGAACGAGAUUGCAGCCGAUAACUUGAGAUUCCAGUCUAAUGUUGAAAAAAGGUGACAAACAGUAAAAUUCACUUUGCAUAAAAAGACUGAUUUACUUGAACAGCAUCGGGACACUUUUAGUAUAUGACAUUCAGUGACUUAACAUCGGCUCUGUACAACAUUCAUGUAGCAAAACGUAGACCAAGACCUGGGGGUAUGAACUCUAUUUAAUGAGAUGUUACUUCAUGUGAAUAUGUAUGCAUACUGUACUUGUAUUACGAAAAGCUGCUGUCAUAGUUCUGCGAUUUCUGUAAUUUUUUUACAGAUUCAGUUUUGGUUUUAUGUAAGCAUUGUUUUUGGCCAGUGGCACGUUGAUGUAAAGUAUAAUAGUGUCAUUGUUUAGGUUGUGUAUUAGAUUAUUAAAAUAUACAGGAUUGCCCAUCCCUGCUAAGCACUAGUCUUGGACUACCAUGCCAAAGGUAACUUUAAGUAGUAGGUUAGUGGAAAUCGAAGUAUGUGAAACCAGCUGAGAAUGGUUUAACCUGUGGCGCUUUUAAAACUGCUAGAAUGAUAAGCUGUAAAACACAUGGAAUACAUGCAAAGUCAUUUCAGAUUAAUCAAUAACUUUACCCCAAAGUUUAAUCUGCUCCAUUUUCAACUACGUACCGUUGAUUCCCAUUGAUUGAGCUCCCUUUAACAACAGCUUUCAGUGUGUAUUCUGUUAUUUCCUUCAAAAAACACUUCCUCCUACCUUAUGACACUUCAGAUGUAGGUCCCUUUUUACUAAGAUUUAUCUUUUGAGUAACCUUGAAUGGUUUAUGCUUUUAUUGGAAAUUAAAUGUGUUCACGUGUGUGGUGUGUGUGUGGUUUUUUUUUCCCCUCAGUCUCAAUAUUACAUAUUCCAUUCUGUUUGGAUAUACAUCUCCAAGUACAAUUGGAGAAAACAUCUUUAUCAGCCGCUCUCCUGGUUGCUGAAACAGAUUUCUGUCAUUUCUUUGCUCACCAUUUGCUAGUUUCCAAUGUUGUCUGACUGGACAGAUUUUUCCUGUAAUACUCAAAAAACUGAACAGUUUUAUAUUGCUGUAGAAUCCUUAUUUUUGUACUUUAAGAUAGUGUUGAUGAUUUUUUUUAAAGGUUUUAUUUAAAACCAGAUUCUGUGAAUUUAAAAACGCUUCACACCCCAUAGCGAGGCUGUGGUUCUAGGAUCUAUACUGCUAGACCAGUGUUGUGUUUUAAACUGUUUGUACAUUAAGCUGUCCAAGUACAGUAUCUUCACUUUAAUUUAAGAUGUUGUACUUUUUUAAUAAACCUUUUCCACAUAUACAAA